GAUGCGCGUCCGUCCGCCGGGGCUGACUACGCCACAGUUGCGAUGUGGACACUUGUUUGCAUGUUUACUGACGUCGAUCUCUGACCAGUCUACAUAGUAUUCCUUUCUGACAGUUUGCUUCGGCACCGCUCUUCUUCCAUUCCGUUCUUCACUCCUUCGUUCUCUUUCUGACAUUCCUCUCUAUUAUUCUCCGGUCGUCGACCUGCCGUUCGAUUGACUUUAUCCUCCGUCUCUUGCAAUUGAGUUCGGAGCUUGUGCAUGUCCCGGUGACAUUGAACUAUCUACGCCUUGCUGGUGGAGAGGACCCGAUUUCGUUAGCUGCAGUCCGUCGUUCAUAGUUAUCAUAACCUACCUGCUUUCACGGUCGUUUGUAUCUGCAGCUUGUUAAAGCUCAUUACCAAUUCCUGCCUCACAAUGCUGCUCCCGCGGCUCUCUUCUCUCUUGUGUCUUGCCGGCCUGGCGACUAUGCCAGUGGCCAAUGCUUACGACGGCGACGAGAACAUCAAGAGCAUUCCACUUCGCACUCACAGUCUCGCUCCGCCAUACCUGGAUUCAGACUUCCAAAGCCGCUGGUUCGAUUUUGGUGGUGACACGAUAAUCCGCGCAGACAAAUACAUCCGUCUUACGGCCGAUCGACCCUCGCAGCAGGGAUGGAUCUUCUCCCGUGUUCCCCUUACUGCGACAAACUGGGAGAUCGAGGUCGAGUUCAAGCUUCAUGGAAAUGGUAAUCUGCACGGCGAUGGCUUUGCCAUGUGGCUUACCAAACAGCGCGCCACGCAGGGUCCGGUCUUUGGAUCAACGGAUAACUUCGAGGGUCUCGGUAUCUUCUUUGACACCUACAAGAACAACCGUCCCGGUACCUCGUUCCCUUACGUCAUGGCUAUGAUGGGCGACGGACAGACCAGCUACGACCAGGCGCAUGACGGCAAGGCCAACGAAUUGGCCGGUUGUUCUGCCCGUGGUCUGCGAGGCGCUUCGAUCCCCACCAAAGCCCGUUUGACGUACUUCCAGGACAAGUCGUUGACUCUCGACCUGCAGUACAAGUCUGAGGACAGCUGGACCAACUGCUUUACCCUGACCGCGCCCGAGACCAACAUCGCUAUCCCGUCCGUCGCGUACCUGGGCUUCUCUGGCGAGACCGGUGAACUGAGCGACAACCAUGACAUCGUCUCGGUGAAAUCGCAGAACCUUUACAGCGUUGGACCUUCCAGCCGAUCUAGCCGUGGACCAAACGCCGACAGCGGCCGCGUCAAGAAGACCAAGAAGAGAAAGGGAAGCUGGAGCGGGUUCCUGUUCAAGACUGUUCUGUUCUUUGUUGUUGUUGCAGGCUGCUAUGUUGGGUUCACCAUGUACCGGAACAAACAGAGAUACUCGAGGUUCUAAGCGAUGGCGAGGGAAGAUAUUCAGGAAAAAGAAAGAAAACCCAAAAAAAAAGAAUCAGUAUGGUGUUCUGUUUCUACGUGAUUGCAUAGCCGUGUUGUUACUUGGAGAUUCCAAUAUAUUGUGACGAACAAAAGUUUCACGAGUCCUACAGUUGAUGAAGUAUGCGAAUUUGGAGCUUUAUAUCAGUCCAAUGAAAAUUAUGCGCUUAUC